UUAACGAGGGUGUGGCUGAUUUUUUUAGAGACUGCUAUAGUAUAAUAAUUGAAGAAGUUUGCUGCAAUCACAAAUCACAAUGAAUCCUCAAUUAGAGACACUUCCCUAUGAUUUCCUUUAUCACAUUGGGUACAGUAAAGAGGAUGCAAAAAAAAUAUUUGGAGAUGUAAAGUUUGUUGUAAUGGGUGGGAGUUCAAAGAGGAUGGUGUCUUUUGCUGAGAAAAUAGCAAAAGCCAUCAAUCACCCACAGACUGAGCUGCAGCAUUUGGACAUGACCAGGACUGACAGGUUCUGCUUUUACAAAAUUGGACCAGUCAUAUCUGUUAAUCAUGGUAUGGGUGUUCCCUCAAUUACCAUAUUACUUCAUGAGAUUCUUAAACUCCUCCAUUAUGCUGAAGCUGUAGAUCCUGUCAUCAUUAGAAUUGGCACCAGUGCUGGAUUAGGUUUGCCUGCUGGUACUGUAGUAAUUACUGAUAGGGCUGUGAAUGACUACGUUGAAGAACAACACAAAAUAAUUAUUUUGGGUAAGAGAGUUCAAAGACCAGCUGUUAUGAGCAAACCUUUAGCAGAUGAGAUCCUCAAGGCACAAACUAAUACUACCUUUAUAACGACACUUGGGACAACUAUGUGUACUGAUGACUUUUAUGAAGGAAGGACAAAUGCAGCUUGUUGUGACUGCACAACAGAAGAAAAACUUGCUUAUUUAAAAGAAAUACACCAGAAAGGUGUUUCAAACAUUGAAAUGGAAGCGACUGCUUUAGCUUCUCUUUGCAACAAAGCUGGAUUCAAGUGUGCAAUAGUCUGUGUGACAUUAAUUAAUAGACUUGAAGGAGAUCAAGUGGAUAUACCACCUGACGUUUAUGCCUCAUAUCAGGAACGACCACAAAAUUUAGUGUGUGAUUACAUUUGUGGAAAGCUGGCUGGAAACUAUUAGAUACAAUGUAUAUUUAGCUACACCUAUGCUGAUUAUGGUGAAAUAACUGAGCUACUCGUUCAUAAUAAAAGUUGCUAUCAAAAUUGCUAUAA